AUGGCGACGAUGCACCCCCCGAUGAAGUGGGCCGAGCGCGAGGAUAAGGUGUACCUCACGAUCGAGCUCCAGGAUGCGCGAGAGGUGACGAUCGACAUCGCGGGCGACGGUUUCGUCUUCUCCGCGAUCGGACCCGAUGGGACGUCCUACGCGGAGACGCUCAAGCUGCACAAGGCGGUGAGUAAAGAGAAGUCGACGUACGCGACGACGGGACGAUCGGUGUUCGUCGUGUUGAUGAAGGAGGACGCGGAGUGGUGGGAACGGCUGGUGGCGAAAACCGAGCCAAAGCCGGCGAAUCUGAAAGUUGACUUCGAUCGAUGGGCGGACGAGGACGAUGCGGCUGACGACGUCGACGUCAGUGGAUUUGAUAUGCAGUCGAUGAUGGGCGGCAUGGGCGGCAUGGGCGGCAUGGGCGGCAUGGGCGGCAUGGGCGGCGGCAUGGGCGGCGAGGGGAUGCCUCCGGGCAUGGGCGACCCGGCGUCGAUGAAACAAUUACAAGAUCUCAUCGCGAACAUGAAAUCCAACGAGGAUGCGCCGACGGACGCAAAGAAGAAAAACUCGCCGUUUUUGACGCCCGUCGAAGAGGAAGAGGAGGAUGACGAUUUACCAGAACUCGUCCCGUAG